ACCUCAAUCUCCAACAACAACCACAACAAAAACUAGAUCUUCUUUCCUGUUUGUUUGAAAUGGUGAGAAAUACAAUGAAGUCUGAGUAUGACCUUGAUCAUCUUCCUCAUCAAAGCUUCUAUGGAGACUAUUCAAAAACUUUGGUUCCCAUGAACAAGAACUCCCAAAUAAUAACCAAGAUCAAGCCUAAGAUCCGUAUCAUCCAUAUAUUUGCGCCAGAGAUCAUCAACACCGACGUCAAGAACUUCCGUGCACUCGUCCAAAGUCUGACCGGCAAACCGGAGAUUUCCAAAUCCGGUUCUAAGAAAAAGAUAACCAAAACAAAUUUUCAACCACCGCCGCCCCUGCCUCAAGAAUCCGACCAACAACAUACGGGGGAGCUGGUCAACAGAGUAAUAGGGAGCCACUCGGUGAAGGAAGAAUGGGGAUCAAGUUCCAACACCAAUACUUACUUUGAUUUAGAUGGUCUGAUCGAUCUUGAUGAAGACGACAACAUAUUCUCAAGUCGAUGGUUUGAUCUUCAACAACAAUAAAUAACUCGGUCACACCUAAUUACCCUGAUAUUGGUUUUGAUGAUUUGAUCAUAUCUUUCCAUAUGAUAUAUAUGGGACAUAACAAGACAUGGUCGAUCGAGGCGUAUACCAUGUUUGAGACGACGAUCAUCAAUUCAUCAUAUAGGUAUAGGAACAUAUACAUAACUUCUACAUAUAUGUACACAGAUUUGAUUUGAUUUUUUUUUGGGUUCCCUUUGAUUUAAUUUGGUAGACUGACUUAAUUUGCCAAAAAAGUGUGUAGUGAUGAGUUUAACUUGGUAGACUGAUUUUGCCAAGUGAAAAAUAAGUUUGAGUUUUGAUCUCCGAUCAUGUGAAAACUCUACUUAAAAUUGGUGUAACACGUUGUACUUACGCGUGCGUGUAUUAAUAAUAAUUCUUUGA